AUGAUUAGUAUUGUUGCACAGAACAAUCAGUUGUUGUUACAAGAUUAUACAAAUGAGUUGGCAAGUCUAUUACAACUAUUCUUAAACAAUCAUCAAUCAAAGUCAUCACCAUCAUCAUCAUCAUCGUCAUCACCUUCACAUUCAAUCUCAUCAUUCUCAAUGCAUCAACAAAUGAACAUUAGAAGUGAAUGCCUCAAAGCAAUGUCAAUAUUGCUGUAUAACAAUGGUCCACAUUUGCCAACAAAGUUCCAUCAACCUCUCUUGGACAGUCUGGUAUCAUUGAUCUCAUUGCAAUCAAUCAGUCAUGGUCACGGUCACAACAACAACACAUUGAUCAAUCACGAGAUUAGAAGAUUGGCCACUAUAUCAAUCGGUAACAUCACAGUGUUAUGUGGAUCAAAGCUGAACAAACUGUAUCCAAUGCUCUUUGAGAAACUGUAUAGCAACUUGGAGAAGCUGGCGUUGCAGCUAGCCUCGAACGAUAAGCAGAUCAUUAAGUUGACCUGCAGCACGCUGCGAUCGCUACAACUGCUGCUCACGCAAUGCAAGUCGGUGUACGACUCCAAGGCAUCGAUGCUGUUCAAUCUGCUCAAACGCUUGAUGUUCUUUGGUACCACAAUCAAUCCAAAUGCAGUGCUGCCUUCGCAGCUGCAUCAGGUCGACGCCUCGUCACUCAAUCCCAAGUACCGCGCCAAGAAGCAUGGCGGCCAGGACAAUGGCAUGGGCGAUGGACUUGGACAUGGCAUAUCGAGCUCGGACAGCGACUUUGAUGAACGACAUACGUACGCCAAGAUUAGGAUCUCGGCGCUCACGCUGCUCCAGACGCUGUGCAAGUCGUCACCCAAGGUCUUCUUUGGACACUGGGCCACAUUCCUGCCGCUCAAGUCCACGAUGCCAUCUGUGUACACCACCGCGCUGUACGACGCCGACUACCGCGCGCGGCAGGCUGCGCUCCAUCUGCUGACCACCAUGUACGACGGCUCCAAAGACUUCUUGGUGGCCAUCCCCAAGCAACAGACCCAGCAACAAUCACAUCCACAUUCACAGGCACAACAAUCGACAACAUUCACAAGUUACUCACAGAACUUGGCUACAAUGAUCAUUGAGUCACACAAGGCAUUGCAAAGCGUUUUGGACCAGGAGCGAACGAGUCCUACACCUACGCCCACUCCUCUGUUGGUGACGGCCAUCAAGUGUCUUACAAUGCUGAUCACAAAUACACCAUAUGAGAAGUUGGAGAAGAAUCUGCUGCGCACUCUAUUCAAGUCUGUGGCGCCAUUCAUUCUCAACCCUAGCGUGGAGACACAGCAGGCCACAUUAGGAUGCAUUCAAUCAUUAUUGUUGGCCGAUCCACCUGUGCCUGACGCACUCACCACCGAGAUAGAGUCAUCCGGUCUCAUCGACAAGUUCAUCCAGUUUGCCUCGACCUCUGCCAACGGUGAUCAAAUACGCAAUGAGGCAAUCCUUUGUAUACUGGCCCUUACCAAACACAACUUCCAAGUGUUCUGUCUACACCACGCUCCCAUCUACAACAUCAUGUUCCCAAUCCUCACCAACACCUCCCUUGACGCCACGCUCCGCGUCCAAGCCUCGCGGACCAUCGAAGAGGUAUCCAAGUGCAUCCAUGAGUCCCAAAAGUCCACUGAUGCUCUCCCCUAUAACCCCAAUGUAGAGAAGCAACUCUGGCACUUGUUCUUCCAAGCUCUCACUGGAUUGAUUGAGGACCCUCUGCCUCAGAUUAGAUCAUCCAUUUGCAACUGCCUUUCACACUUGACUUCAAACAUAUUCUCAGGUCUGCCAAUACCAAUGCAACUGCAUUGUGUAACAGUGAUACUUGGAUUGAUGUCUGACGAGUCGUACCUUGUGCGCGCGGGAGCGUGUCGCACCAUUGGCAUGUUUGUAAAGUUGGACACACUGAGUGAUGACACUACAUUCCUGUCAAAGGCUGCCAGCUGUCUGUACAAGUCGAUGUGUGACAACAACAUCAAUGUUAGGAUCAAGGCGUGCUGGUCGCUUGCCAACCUCUGCGACCACCUGGUGUCCAUUCGCAAGAACGAAGAGUUCAAUGACAUACCAACGCUCAUUCUGUCCAAGGUCGUCGAGGUCCUGUUGCUGGCCAGCUAUGACAAUCCCAAAGUUCGAUGCAAUGCUGUUCGAGCCCUGGGCAACUUUGCCCGCUUCGUUCCAAAAGACCUCCUGGACAACACCAAUCCAGUCGACAUUCAAGACAUCUUUGACACGAUCAACAAGAACCAACAACAGCAGCCACAGCCACAUCAGCUACAGCAACAGCAACAACAAAGUCCUGUUGGCAACCAACCACUACCAGACCAACAACUACAACAGACCAACCUGUCGACUCAGAAGAACAUGAUUGAUAACUAUGUUAGGAAUCACAACAAGUCAUUGAUUGAUCGAGUGAUCGACUCGCUGGUGGUCAAUGCAGGCGAGCCAUCGACUUCAUUCAACUUUGUAAAGGUCAAGUGGAAUGCAUGCUACGCUCUAGGCAAUCUAUUUUAUAAUCCAGACAUCCAGUUUGAUCCUGUUCCAAGCUGGCUCCAUCAAGUCUACUCAACGCUCAUAUCACUCGUCCAAUCAUGUAAGAACUAUAAGAUCAAGAUCAAUGCCUCUGCAUCCCUGGCCACCGUCACACACACAAGGAUUCAAUAUGGCAAUGACUAUCAACGCAUCCUUGAGGCCAUCGUCAUCUCACUCUCAAGUAUCAACACAUUGAUUGAGCAUUCAGAGUAUCAGUACAAGGACAUCCUUGAGCGACAGCUUGGUAUAUCAUUGGUUCAUUUACUUGGCUCAAUGAAUAUGGAAGAGAUACAGAGUUACAAGGGAUUGCUAGUCGGUCAUUUGGAUGUACUGUUUGAUACGGUACAGAGAUUGAAUCCAGUGUACGAGACAUCAUUGAUAUUGGAUGGUAACAACACAACUUCAUCAUUACAGAAGAGACAACAGGAACGACCUACAUUGGAUGAAUUCACCAAGUGUGUCUCUACAAUUGAACGAAUGCUACAUAUUGUCACCAAUGACAAGAUCCAAGACCCAACGCUCCUCAACAAGAUUGGACGUCUCCAAGAGCUAAUCGAGAACGAAGGCAUCAACAUUGAGCAACUCUCUCUCAUCUCCAAUCCCAAUGCACUGGACAAUCAAUCAUUCAACUCGAACUCAAACUCGAACUCGAACUCGAAUGAAUAA